AAAAAGUAAAAGCGAGCGAGUUCGUCUACCGUGCUCGUCAGUUCGCCUGGAUCGAAGCUGCGAGUCAUCCACGCUUUUAUAUAGACCAGCACUCUUCUUUUUUUUUCCGUCCUCCCCCCGCACACAUAUACUCCAUUACGCUCUCUUACACUCGACUCUCUCUCCUGCUGCUGCUGCUGCUGCUGCUUCUAUGCGUUUCGGGCUGUGUUGGGGUUCAUUCAGAAAUACUUGCUUGACAUCACGCCAGUAGUGGUCGCGCUCAUCGACGUUUCGGUUCGGUUCGCUUUUAGCUAGUGCUGCAAUUUUUUUUCGGUGCGGAUGUCGUAUUAGUGCAGUGCGCUGGUGGAGCUGUUGCAUCGUGGACUUCCGGUCUUUCAUUGUUCCGUCCCCCCUCCCCUCCUCACCACUUUCUUAAAUAGUGAUUGAAAUCAUUCCGUCUAGAAAUCCCGUCGCAUAUAGAACGUUUCUGUUUAACUCUUUAUAGUAGGCAACAAUCGCUUUGCAACUCUAUAGCAGAAGCGUUGAUCCCGUGCCAGUGCCAGUGAACGCUCUAGACGACACACAUACCAGGACAUUAUAAAUAGAACUCUACGCUGUCGACUUAUCUUUUGUUUCUUUUAACUCGUCUUACGUUGGGGGCGGGGAGUGGUGGAGACGGUAAAAGGUCAUUUGGAUUGACGUCGCCUUGUAUUUAUUGCACGGUCGCGUUUCCCGCUAUCUCGUCUCAACCAAUGUUGUCAUCAAAUCACCAGAAUCAUAGAGACCGAGGGUGAAGAUGGUUCCGCGAGCGCCGCUCUCUAAACUGGCGGCCGGCCUUUUCUUCAUCAGUUUCCUCAUUUAUCUAGUCAUCAUCACUCGGCUGGAAGGCGGCCAGUUUGGCCAUGUUGCUGAUCCGGCUUCCUUCAGUUCCCGAAUGCUCAUGAAUCAUCCGGCCAGCGGUUCGGGAGAUGGCAGCAUUCUACACGAAACCAUCUCAAAUUCAGGUGUCAUCACUGCUAUUGACAAUAUGGUCAACCAAAUCGGCACGGCAGGGACGGAACUGACCGAAAAUCGGGUCAAAGAUAUCAGUAAUGAAAUCGCAAAGCAGAUCGCCGAUUACGUCGUCCAGAAACUCGGCAAAACCGCCACAAACAGCAAUGUGUGCUACGGAUGCUGGAAGCACGGCAACACCACCGAUUUGCCCGUUAUCUAUCUGGUGACACCGACUUACAGGAGACCCGAACAGAUUCCGGAUCUGACACGAUUGGCCCAGACGCUGCUCAACGUGCCAGCCGUCCACUGGAUCGUCGUCGAAGAUAGCAGCACUCUCUCCCCUGUCAUCGCUUCCCUUCUGAAACGCUAUGGAAUACCACACACGCAUCUUAAAGCUCAAAUGCCUGAAAAAUAUAAAAAAUCGAAGCUCAAGCCACGAGGGGUCGCCAACCGAAACGCGGCGCUCGACUGGGUGCGUAGCAAUUGCAAAUCGGGCGUGGUUUACUUUGCGGACGACGACAACACCUACGACAUCAGACUUUUCGAAGAGAUGCGGUUCACCAAGAAAGUGUCGAUGUGGCCAGUGGGGCUUGUGACUAAAGUUGGCUUGAGCUCGCCCGUCGUUAACGAUAAAGGCGUCGUCGUCGACUUUUUUGACGGCUGGAUGGCCAAUCGAAAGUUCCCCGUGGACAUGGCUGGAUUCGCCGUCAGCGUGCAGCUCGUCCUCGAGAAAUCCGAUGUGUACAUGCCUUACGUUCCCGGUCACGAAGAGGACGGCUUCCUAAAGAAACUCGAUAUCACGCCCGCUGAUAUUGAACCAAAAGCGGAUCGGUGCACUCAAAUCUUCGUUUGGCACACGCAGACCAAAUCCAACAGCCCGGCUAACAGGACAACGGCGGCCGGAAAACGGUACAAAGGAACGAACAUCGACAUCCUCCAGGAAUGGGUCGUCUGAGAUUGGCGCUUCCCGGUGCCGCCGAACUCAAAUUGCUGCUCGCGUGUUUAUCUGAAUGUGUGAGUGUGUGUUAGCGUGUGUGGGUGUGUGUGUGAGUGUGAG